GUUAAGAUCCGGAUCUUCAUUUCACGGCCCGUCUGCCUCUUGCCACGCUUUUGCUCAGCCUAAUAGAAGAAAGUACAGUAAAAGAGAAAACAGAUAGAACCAGUGCCGGUCUUAAAGGGCAACAUCGCCGAUAACAGCAAAUAAAAGGAGUGUGGAAUUUAUUGAGACCUGCCCAUACGCUCAGGAACACCUUGAAAGAGGAACCGUAGUUUAGCUCCAGAUAAGCUUUCACUACUGGCAGAUGUUUCAGAGCAUGAUAGAGACGUAGCAGUGCACUUGGAAGAUGCUUUAAUUGUUUUCUGCUGCUGGACGCCACUUCCUCCCACCCUACUAGCUGCCUCAGAGAUACCAGUGCCCCAGUUGUGGAGAUAUGUAUCUCCGAGAAAAAUGCAUCUUUGAGAAACCUUCCUCCUUAUUUGUCUUCUAUGCCUUUGGUCUCAUCUCCCUCUCCACAUUCUUUCACCUUUAUGACAAGACCUCUGUUCUGAAAUGGAGAAGCACCUGGAUAGAAUACCCUGUUUAUGUCAACACAAGCACUAAUUCCUCUGCCUCACCUACUGAGCCAGUAGAUACUAGUAUAUGGACAGUCAACUCCAUAGGACGCUUGGGGAACCAGAUGGGGGAAUAUGCCACUCUUUAUGCCUUAGCCAAGCUCAAUGGACACAAAGCCUUCAUUCUUCCUGCCAUGCACCGAUACCUAUCCCCAAUAUUCCGGAUUACGUUACCUGUGAUUCCUGCUGAGAUGGUUAGUAAAAUCCGUUGGAGGAAUUUCCAUCUACAUGACUGGAUGUCAGAAGAUUAUCGUCACAUUGAGGGCAAAUAUAUUCAUUUUACAGGCUACCCUUGUUCUUAUACAUUUUAUCAUCAUAUCCGUCAAGAGAUACUCCAGGAGUUCACCUUCCAUGACCAUGUCAAAGAAGAGGCCAAUCAAUACCUUCGGAGUCUGCGAGGGAAGAGAGAAAAUGUGACAUAUGUUGGAGUGCAUGUCCGGAGGGGGGAUUAUGUCUGGGUGAUGCCACACACCUGGAAAGGCGUGGUGGCUGAUAGAAGCUACCUGGAGAAAGCCAUGAACUACUUCAGAGAGAAGUACCACAAUCCCAUCUUUGUUGUGACCAGUAAUGGGAUGGAUUGGUGCAAGCAGAAUAUUAAUGCCUCCAGGGGGGAUGUUUACUUUGGUGGGGAUGGGCGGGAAUCCACUCCAGGGAGGGAUUUUGCUCUUCUUGCUCAUUGCAACCACACAAUAAUGACCAUUGGGACAUUUGGUAUCUGGGUUGGAUACCUGGUUGGUGGGGAGACGGUGUAUUUAGCCAACUACACCCUGCCAGACUCGCCCUUUCUCAAAGUCUUCAGGCCCUCAGCAGCAUUUCUGCCUGAAUGGAUAGGCAUCCCAGCUGACUUGUCCCCUCUAUUAGGCAAAACAUAAGCUUCCCAGAUCCAGAAACCAGAUAGAAACCAUACAUUCACUGAUGUGUCCUCUGUUACUAAUGCCUGGGCAUUGAUCCCUCAGGGCAUGAGUGUGUAAGAAGAAGUGGCUGAUGGCAAUCCUGGUAGCAUACUCUGAGGGAAUCCACUUUAAAUGCCAUGGCUUCAUCCUAUGGAAUUUUGGAAAUUGUAGUUUGUUGUGGCACCAGAUCUGUCUGACAGAGAAGGCUAAAUGUCUCACAAAAACUACAUUCCC